AUGAGCACAUCCGUCAGCGGCCCAGAACACGAGUUUGUUAGUAAAUUCUUGACCUUAGCUACGCUAUCUGACCCGAAGCUACCAAAAAACUACAUUCGGCCUCUAAAGGAUGUUGCCAAUUUGGGUGUUCCAUUACCCACUUUGAAAUACAAAUACAAACAGAAUCACGCCAAGAAGUUAAAACUGCAACAAGAUGAAGGGGGAAAAACGGACGCCGCCGUGCACUUGACCUUGAAGAAAAUUCAAGCACCUAAGUUCUCCAUUGAGCAUGAUUUCUGCCCAUCAGACACCGUCUUACAGAUAAAACAGCACUUGAUCGACGAGGAAAAAGCGUCCCAUGUGAGCGAAAUCAAAUUGCUUCUAAAAGGCAAAGUUCUCCACGAUAACCUGUUCUUGUCGGACCUGAAGAUCGGACCUGCAAACUCCACAAUUACUGUGAUGACUAAACCGAAUCCGACGGUCGCCAAGGAGUCCGAAGUAACAAAACCCACUCCUUCUCCCUCCCCUGCGUCUGCUCCGGUACAAGAAUUGACUGUCCCUUGGGAUGACAUCGAAGCCUUACUGAACGACAAGUUCAAGAACAACCAGCCUGCGGCUGAACUGAUCAUGGAGCGUCUACAAAAAGGCUGGUCUCUGACUAAAUAA